CAGGGGUCGAGUUACGAGCGUGAAUGGUGGGUGUAAAUGCUGUCUCUUCUACUGAAUAGUCAAGUUAAAAUUUCAGGAGACAGCAAGAACAACAGAAAGAAAGUCAGGCCAUUCAAAUUGAGACAUCAGAUUUAACACACAAUUAGAGGCUUAUGGAUGGUGGGGAAGGUGCGUCCGUCCGUAAACCAUCCAUAGGUAGCCGCAACGCAAACCGCAACCGCAUCCUGGGGUUGGGUCUGGGGUUAACCUAGGAAAGACAUAGUCUGGGGUCUGGGGGCAAGAAAGACGGCUCUAGCCUCUGGGGGUCCCUUCCUCGUCUCGAAGAUAAAAAGAUAGCAAGGGAAGCAUCAUCUUCACUCCUUCUCUCCUCUGUUCUUCGUCCCACUAUCCUCAUUCUCUUCUCUGCCUCUUUUUGAGAUCGACCUUUCUCAUUCUUGAGUCAUAUAAUCGGCAACUCUAGAUAAAAGACACCCGAAAAAAAGAAAGGCUCAGGGCCAAACACCGCCAACAUGCCCAGCAAGACCAGAGUCUACAACUGGUUCAUUGCCAUGGUAGCUGCGUCUUGUAUGACGCUCUACGGCUUUGACUCCAGUGUUUUCAACGCUCUCCAGGCCUCGGAGAACUGGCUGAACUGGUUCAAUCUCGAUCUCAAGAAUGACAGUUACACUGUCGGUCUCAUCAACACAUGCUACACCAUCGGUGCCAUCGUUAGUGGUUUCUUCAUCGGUGGCCCCCUGGCUGAUUGGCUCGGUCGACGUGCCGGUAUGGGUAUUGGUUGCUUCAUCACCAUCAUCGCCGCUAUCAUCCAGGCUUUUGCCCCUAAGGGAAAGCUUGGUGUCUUCAUUCUCGGCCGUGUCCUCAUCGGUAUGGGUCAGGGCACCGCUCUCACUGCUGGCCCUGUUUACAUCGGUGAAGUCUCCCCCCCUGAGAUUCGAGGUCAGGUUAUGACCUUCUGGCAACUCUUCUACUCGGUCGGUGCCUUUAUUGCCUACUGGAUCAACUUCGCCUGUGGCAAGAACCGAGAGAAGCUCGGCGAGUGGGAUUGGCGCAUGGUUGUUAUCUUCCAGGUCCUCGUUCCCAUCUUGGUCAUCAUCCUGCUCCCAUUCCAGCCAGAGUCUCCCCGUUUCCUUAUCAAGAAGGGCAAGAUCGACGAUGCCCGGUCCGCCCUUCGAAGUAUCCGUGACACUGAGGAGGAGGUUGAGGAUGAGGUCCUGGCUAUCCAGGCUGCUAUCGAGUACGAGAAGGAGGCCAUCAGCCCUGGAUACCGUGCCCUUUUCAAGGACCCCUCUAUCAGGAAGCGCUUCGGUAUUGCAGUUGUCCUCAACGUCGGCCAGCAGCUCACCGGCCAGGGUACCCUCAACACCUAUUCCACUUCCAUUUACAAGCAAGUCUGGACCUCGACUGAAAAGAUCAACCUCAUCAACGCUUUGUGGGCCACCAUGGGUAUUCUAUUCACUUUGAACGCUGUAUGGACCGCCGAUCGCUUUGGUCGCCGAUGGCUCUUUAUGGUCGGUGCCGCGGGUAUGGCCCUCUGCAUGUUGAUUGUUCCCGUCAUUGGCCUCGCUACUCCCACCCCCAAGACCGAGCCCACUGCUAUUGGCAUUGUUGUCAUGCUCUACCUCUUCAUCUUCUUCUACAAGCCUUCAUGGGGUGCCGGUGUCUGGAUGUGGACCAGUGAGGUCUUCUCCGCCAACGUCCGAACCCAGGCCGUCGGUAUGGCCUCUCAGUGCCAGAAUGUGGCCAACACCAUUUUCCAACAGUUCUUCCCAACAUUCCUCGCCAAGACCGGCCUCAAGUGCCUCUUCUUCUUCUUUGCCGUCAAUAUCCUGCUCUGCGUUUUCGUGUUUUUCUUUGUCCCUGAAACCAAGGGUAUCUCCCUUGAGCACAUGGAUACUGUUUUCGGUGGUGCCGAUCACACUGAGAAGGGUGCCCAGAUGCUCGGCGUUGACGCUGCUCAGCAUCAGACCCAGGAGUUCAAGGACGGGGCUGAGAUUCAGCAGAGCGAGAAGAAGCGCGAGUCUGUUUAAAUCUACUGUAAUUGAUGGGGGAUUUGAGUUAGGAUAAUUCUGCAUCUCGGAAUUCGAGAUGCGGGAGGUAAUCGUUUUAGCCGUGUAUCUACCUAGACAUACGUGUUGAUAUAAGGAUACAUUGAAAUAUGGAGACAUUAUUGUGAUCCCCAGGAAAAGUCCAGUACCCAGAAAGUGGCACGUCCAAUCCAGAUCGUGUAGUGGGAUAUUAGGUGACAGACAUCAUAUCAUGAAGUUGACACUGGGGAGCUUUGUCCUCGCAUUGGGCUCGAAGCUUCUUUUAACUCAACAGCCUUAUCCAUACCUUAGAGUCGGUGUUCGCAACACCGAUAUUAUCUCCAAGAUCUUGGUCUCCUAUGUUGUUCCCACAUCAUCUUGACGACAGGAUUGGCAUGCCUUUCUUGGCCACAUCGUUUCUUGUCAAGAACUGGAUGCAAAUGGGCGUUCCAGAAAGCCAUAGAU